GGGUUGUGGUUGGUUGUGGCUAUGUUGCGGUGUGAUUGGCCAUUUCUUUCCCUUCAUUCCUGUUUUACUUUAGCAUUUUCUACAGUGCGCACCUUUUCUUAUCCUUCACCACUCUUCUCUUCUCCUUCAUUCACCUUUGGAUCUUCAAAUGCUUCUUCUUUCUUGAUGGAUUUCUACUUUCAACAACGUUUUUGAUCUUCAAUAAACCUUUUUUACCGAUCUGCACUCAACAAAAUCAAUCCAAUGGCUGGAAGUAACCAACUCAACCCCAAUGAUUCAAAGAUGGUGGUUCCAUUGAACAUGUGGGUUUUGAUCUCCAAUUUUAAGUUAGCAUACAAUCUUCUCCGUCGUCCUGAUGGAACUUUCAACCGUGACUUGGCAGAGUUUCUUGAUCGGAAAGUUCCGGCUAAUGCAAAUCCUGUGGAUGGAGUUUUCUCUUUUGAUGUUAUUGUUGAUCGGGAAACCAAUCUCCUUACUCGAAUCUACCGUCCUGUUGAAGGAGAAGAACAACAUGUGAACAUUGUUGACCUUGAGAAGCCUGUUACCGCUGAGGUUCUUCCUGUUGUCAUGUUCUUCCAUGGUGGAAGUUUUGCACAUUCUUCGGCUAACAGUGCUAUUUAUGAUACAUUGUGUCGUCGAUUGGUUGGUAUUUGUAAUGCUGUUGUUGUCUCUGUGAAUUAUAGGCGUGCGCCUGAAAAUAGGUAUCCUUGUGCUUAUGAAGAUGGGUGGAAAGCUGUUAAAUGGGUUAACUCUAGAACAUGGCUGCAGAGUAAAAAGGAUAGCAAGGUUCAUAUCUACAUGGUUGGUGAUAGCUCUGGCGGAAACAUUGUGCACCAUGUUGCCUUGAAAGCUUUGGACUCUGGAAUUCCAGUGUUGGGGAAUAUACUACUCAACCCUUUGUUUGGCGGGGAAGAAAGAACAGAAUCCGAAAAGCGUCUUGAUGGGAGAUAUUUUGUCAGAGUGAAAGAUAGAGAUUGGUAUUGGAGGGCUUUUCUUCCCGAAGGGGAAGACAGAGAUCAUCACGCGUGUAACCCUUUUGGUCCAAAGGGUCGAAGCCUUGAAGGAGUUGCUUUUCCUAAGAGUCUUGUUGUGGUUGCUGGUUUGGAUCUUGUUCAGGAUUGGCAAUUGGGAUAUGCCAAAGGUCUUGAGAAAGCUGGACAAAAUGUGAAGUUGCUAUUCCUCGAGCAAGCCACGGUCGGGUUUUACUUGCUACCAAAUAAUGAGCACUUCUCUGUUGUCAUGGAUGAGAUAAAACAUUUUGUCAACUCUGACUGUUCAUAGCUUAACUUUUGCUACACAAGAAGGGGGUUUUAGAAAGAUUGUGUAGGAAAUAGCUAUGCCACUUAUUAACUUGUUUUAAUGUAGGACUUUGCUCCCCUGAUUAGGAACUUAUAUGAUAUUAAUUGUGUCUGUGAGAUUGGUGUAAUGUAAUCAGCAUAUAGAUAUAAUAUGUUUUCUGGAGCACCCACCCCAUCAGGAAAUUGGGUGUUGCGGAUGGGUGAAAGCUUUUUAGGACAAAAAAGGGGGAGCUAUGGCCAUGUUUAUGGGAACCACUAAAGUUAUGAUUACCCACUUUGACUUUCAGCCAAAAAGAGGAGAGGAAGAUAUUGUUCUAUUUCUGGGCUUUCUGACCUUUUGAUGGCCAAUCAGUGGGGCUUGCCCUUGUAUGGCAAGUGUUAUAUAUAUAACUAAUUUUGGAACUAUGAUAGGGAAAGCAUCAAUCAUAUAUGUUGGUGCUGUUUGAUUAUAUAUACGUCUGUGCUAUCUUAGUUUAUGUGCUUUUACUACUGUUCAUCUUUUCUCUAUAUAGCUAAUUUUACGUUCUCAUGUCUCCAGUUGACCUCCUUGUUUGGCAAUGGACGUCUUUGCAAAUGUAAAUAGGUUUUUCUUUUUACUUUUAGCUGUAAUGGUAGGGUUUGUAUUGUGUUUUUUUUUUAUGUAUGGAUAAGAUAUUUUUCA